AUGCAACUUAGCGAACCUUCUUCAAGUGAUAGCUAAAUUAUAACUUCCAGCAGAGAAAAUGAUGAUCAAGCUUCUUCUAUUGCUACUUAUGUAAGUGUUCGGGUUGGCUACUAUAUUGAAGAAAUUCCAGAGGACAAACCAGUAGAAUACAACAGAGAUAAUGCACUAAAGCAUCUUUUAAUUGCUCUCUUAUAUUAAGAAAAUAGAUUGUUCUAAUAAUGUAUCCACAAUAAAAUGCUGUACCAAGAACAUAGAAGUUCAGUAGAUGAUUUUGCAGGACAAGAUACUAGUCUUAGUUUCUAUUCUUGA